AUUGUUUUCAUUUUCUUAUUUAUACAUCCUCUUUUUUUGUUGCUCUCUUUUUUUAUUUGAAUAUAUUGAAUAAAAAAAAAUAAAAAAAAAUAAUCUCUUAUUUCUGCCACUUUUCAAAAAUUCUUUCACCAUCCUCAUUUCUUCAUCAAAAAUUGAUCUCAAUAACCUCAUCUCUUCUCAAUAUCUCCCAUAUUGACUUUACCUCCUACACACAUUAUAUACUCUAUAAUUCACAUAUAACAUGACUUUAAAUGGUUGUUAUAUAGACAACAACUUACAAUUCGUUAAAAAAAUUGGUGCUGGUGCAUAUGGAAUAGUCUAUCUUGUUCAAGAUGUCUUCACCAAACAAAACUACGCUUUAAAAGUCGUCUUGAAAAAACCAAUAUCAAAUAAAGAAAGACACAACAACAACAACAACAACAAUAACAACAACAAUAACAAUAAUAACAUAAGAAUAGUGGAUAACAAAUUCAAACAAAACCAAGACAAACCCUCCAUAAUAAUCGAACAGUCUCUAGAAAACUACAUCAAAUUCCAAAACAACUCCCACCUAUCCAAAAACCAAAUCAACUACCUAGACCUCAACAUCAUUAAGAAAUUUGGCUCAAAUUGCAACCUUCUAAAAGAAAUAUCCAUCCACUUAAAAGUCAACGACCACUCCAACGUCGUCACCAUCCACAAAGUAUUUGAAAGCCACAACUUCCUAUUCACUCUAAUGGAUUACUACUCUGAAGGUGAUUUGUUUCUCAACAUUGUUGACAAAAAAAUAUACUCAAACAACCCCUCCAAGAUCAAAAGUGUCUUUCUACAACUACUAAACGUUAUAACCUACUGCCAUUCCAAAAAUGUCUACCACUGCGACAUCAAGCCUGAAAAUAUUCUUGUUGCUAACAAUGGCAACACUCUCCUACUAGCUGAUUUUGGAUUAGCUAUUCAGAACGAAUAUGUCUCUGAUAACCUCUGCUGUGGCUCUUCUUACUACAUGGCUCCUGAAAGACUAGUGUCUCAUGACAACCAAAAGAUAAACUCUCUCAUCACCCAAAACAAUAUCAAUCUCAACCUCAACCCCAAUGCCUCCAAUAACCCAAAUAAUUUCUUUCCAACUUCUGCUGGUGACAUCUGGUCCUUGGGCAUAAUACUCAUCAACCUAACCUGCAUUCGCAAUCCAUGGAUGAAAGCAUCAAUAAAGGACAACACCUUUAGAAUUUUCUUGAAAAAUAAUUAUAUUCUCUACAAAAUCCUUCCUAUAUCCAUCGAACUAAAUGAUAUACUAAUCCACAACUUUUUUAUCAUGGACCCAUUCAAAAGAUCCUCAACUUCCUCCCAAGUAGUUCUUAACAAUAUCAAAGACAGAAUAAUAAAUUGCAGAUCAUUCACCAAAAAUGGCCCACUCUCCAUCUGCGAUAUUUACUAUCCUGAUGACUACAACACCAACACCAUCGUCAACAAUAUCAACACAAUCAACGGCAUUACCAACAACGUUACUGUUUCAACCAACGCCAACAAUAACAACAAUAUCAAUACUUUUUUCAAUUUGAAUGACAACUCCUACUCAAACGUCGCUUCAAAUCUUAACGACGAUCCUAAAGAAAAUGAAAUUGUCUAUUGCAAUAAUAACAAUAUCAUCAACCCCAAUGAUAAAAAUACUUACAAUUAUGUCAAGAGCUUUUUCCAUUCCAAAUAUAAUACCAAUAAUACUCCAGUAAACAAUGCUAACAACACUAACAACAAUAUCAACAUAGCAUCAAUAAAUAACAACUACAACAAUAACAAUAACAAUAUUGUUACACCCGUUGGGUCGCCAAAUAAAAAAUGCCCCUUUACUAAUAUUAUAUCUACUUCUCAGCCUACUACUAAUCUCAUGAAUGUCAACUACUAUAUCAAUAAAAAUCACCACAAUAAUCACCAUUCUAACCACUUGAGCUCUCAUGGCAAGAGCUCGCCUAGGAAUUCCUCAUUAAAUUUAAAUACAUCAAAUAUCUUGAACAUUUUGAACAAUUCCAACAUUAUUAACUCCAACGUUAUUAAUUCCAAUGUUCCAGAAAACAACAAUCACAAAAAUAUUAAUAAUGACUCAUUUGCUUCCUCGAUAUCGUCUAAUAAUACCUCGCCUAGUUCUUCAAUAGCCUCUUCAGUUAACUGUUCAACUACAUCGUCAAUAUCGACUGAACUUGAAGAAAACAAUAUCAACAACAAUAAAAAAGUGAAUAAUAGUAACUUGAAGAAUAUUAAUAAUGAUUUGAAUAAUAUUAAAAAUCAAGCCGGCAAGCCCUUAAUAGGCACACCGAUAAAUGGAGGAUUCAAUGAAGACAACAAUGUGAAUUACUUGGAAAAGAAAUAUUCACCACAGGACUACUUUAGAAGUGGAAAUGAUAAAUUGUAUGACUAUUUAUCUGUGAAGGUUAAAAAUCAACAAGAAGCUGGACAGAAAUACGAGAAUAAUAAAUGUCCAUUUUCAUUCAUUUCAAGUUCUAACAGCAAUGCUAACAGCUACAAUAUUAACACUAAUAGCAAUAAUUAUAAGAAUUAUAAGAAUUAUAAGAAUUACAAUGGUAAUUUUAUUAAUAAUUUGAAUAAUUAUAAUAACUACAAUAACAAUAAUUAUAAUAAAGUAACUAAUAAUUCUAAUAACAAUGCCUUUAGUUUCAUUGGAUGUUUAUAGGAAAAGAGUUACAUUUUUUUUGUCAUAUAAAUUAAAUUUA